GUAAGCUAUUGCUUGGGCCUCAACCCUCAACAGAGUAAUGAUAAGUGUUCAAACCCUCGAGCUGCUUUAACCCAACACUGACUGGUUGGAUAAGUCUAAUGUGACUACACUAUUGUCCAAAUAACUUUUAUUUACAGCUAAAGGAAAUUGAGGUUGUAAGUGCUGGGAGGGACAUACAGUGUGAAACAAUGGGAAUGUGAUUUCUGUGAUUUGGCAAAUAGGAGGUCAAGGUAAGCCAUGACAGCCACACACGAACAGAUAAGAGGCGUCUAUUAAAAGCAGACUUUGCCAGAGGAUGAACAAUGUGCUACGACAUUGUGACCUGUUGGUGCAAUCUCGUUUUUCCAACAUCAUGUUUUUUUGGGUGACUGUUCUGCUACAAAACGUUUUCCAAGUCACAGCCGCCACCCUUGACCCAUGUUCUGCCUACAUCAGUCUGAAUGAACCAUGGAGGAACACAGAAUAUCACAUCAACCAGUCCUCCGUGAGUCCUCUUUGCGAUAGCCACAUGUCCGGGGAGUGGUAUCGCUUUACAGGAUUGGCAGGGGACGCCAUGCCCACCUUCUGCAUCCCAGAGAACCAUUGCGGCAGCCACGCUCCCAUUUGGCUCAAUGGCAGCCACCCUCAGCUCCAGGAAGGCAUCGUCACUCUGCCAGUGUGUGCCAGCUUUGGAAACGAUUGUUGCCAAUGGAACGCCAGCGUGGACGUGAAAGCCUGCACUGGGGGUUACUUUGUGUACCGCCUGCCCAGACCUUCCGUUUGCUUCCAUGUCUACUGUGGUCAUUUCUAUGACAUCUGUGAUGACGUUCCAUGCACGACGGGUCCAAGAUGUCCUGAGUUGGAAUGUCGCUGUGCUCCUGGAACCGUUCUGGGACCAGACAGACAAACAUGCCUGGACGUGAAUGAGUGCGAGAAGGCCAAUGGCGGCUGUGCAGAGGUCUGCGUCAACACCAAAGGAUCCAGACAGUGUGACUGCGGUCCAGGCCGAGGGCUGGAUGAGACUGGGCUAAACUGUCGGGAGAUGGCAGGCUGCCAUGUAAACAAUGGAGGCUGCAGUCAUGGCUGCUCAACACUGCUUGACUCCUACCGGUGUCACUGUCCUAGAGGGCUGCAGCUGAGCCAUGACAAACGCACAUGUCUGGUGCCAGUGGAGUGCAUCCCCAGUUCCAUUACGGUGUCAGUACCAAAGGACAUUGUUGGAGGAUUGGACCUCUUUCUUUCCAACUCGUCAUGUCGUGGUAUCUCCAAUGGCACGCACAUCAACCUCAACUUCAGCCUCAAGACAUGUGGCACUACUGUAGAGGUGACCGAUGACAAGAUAGUCGCAACCAACCUGGUGACAGGCCUCCCCAGGGCCCGUCUGGGUAGCAGCGGGGACCUUAUCGUACGCACCAGUAAAUUAGUAGUGCCAAUCACCUGUGAGUUCCCCAGGGAGUACCAAGUGUCCGAUGGAUACCAGGCAAGUCAGCGCGGCUCAGCCCUGGAGCUGGCCGGCCACAGCGAGGGGGUCUUCCCCUUCUCGCUGGAGCUCUUCAAGAAUGCGCAGUUCUUGGAGAUUUACCGUGCGCCGCCUCAUCUGCAUCUUCACGAAUCGCUGUUCUUCGGGGUGGAGCCCAAAGAGAGAGUGGAGGGCCUCUCUGCCCUGGUAGAGAGCUGCUUUGCAACGCCAGGGCCCAAUGCUGACCAGGCCCUCAAGUAUUACCUGAUAAAAGACGGGUGUAUCUCGGAUGAAACAGUUACUCAGUACUCAUCCAAGGACAAGCUCUCCAGGCACUACCAGGUCCCUGUCUUCAAGUUCAUUGGCAAGGAGAACCGGCAAGUCUUCCUCCACUGUCAAGUGUUGGUGUGUAGCCUUGGAGAUUCUCGCUGCAGUCAGCCUUGUCGGGGACGUGUCCGUCGUGGUGCCGCAUCUGAGCGUCAGCACACACUGAGUGGGGGCCCCAUUUUCAUCCUGCCCGAACCCAGCAGCCAGACGGAUUAAAUUUCCACGGAUGUUUCAAUCGCAGACAUUUGAUUGACCAAGCAGACAUCUUUGAUUUUUUUUUUUAAAGUUUGUCCUUGUGUUCUCCAAUGUGUAAUGUUCAAACUGUUUAGUUGAAGCACCACUAAAAACACGUUCUACAUUAAAAUGCCAUGUUUAUGAUGAA